AUGUCUGACGCUCACACGCAAGCUCAAACGCUGGACGAAAGCCUUGUCGCAACGAUCUCUAGUAUAUUUACCUCUGCUGGUGUUCCGAACAUCCUUUGGGGCAACUAUUUACUGACUGUAUAUGGCGUUCCCACUAUUGUUGACGGUGUGGCAUUUGUUGUACCCGACGAAUCGACGAAGAUUGCCCUGACCUCGAUUCGGAAAGCUGGUUUUGCCGCUUGUCCACAAGGCCUAUGUUGCCCUGUUUUAGAUGGAUGUCGGGGAAACCUCCCCUUUGAACAUUUGCACAUUGAUGACGAACUUGUAAUCUCAGUAUACCGGAAGUCCGAUGUGCUGUGGGAACUAUCUUUUUCCGAAGGGAGCCUCGACAUUUUGAAUGCAUCAGACAAACGGCUUCCAUCAGCGGUACCCGGCCGUGGCCGAGGACGCUUCCCACCUGAAUUUGGCUCUGUACAGAUUCCUCACCCUGUUCGAUACUGUGAGGCUGUAAUCAUGUUGCUCUGUCGAGAUAAUGGCACCAGAUCUGCAAAUUACUGGAUGGCAAUUCUGACAUAUAUUCUGGAAUAUGUGGACGAAACAGUUUUGUUUGAUGAGAACAGCCUGGGCGAAGCCUAUAAAUUAUUCUAUCGUGCACUCAAAGAAGGAGAUUUCUCAAGGAUGUAUCUCCUUCUAGAUGAUCUCCGCAGUGAAUUGACUGUAGAGCGCCUUCAGGUGCACAGAAUCGAGAAUUACUAA